AUGGCCACCGUACUUUUUUUUGCACUCAAAAAUAGAAAAGUUCUACUGUCUGUCAAAAGUGAGCAACACCAGCUCCCGCCCGGGCCUCCCACGCUGCCCUUCAUCGGCAACAUUCACCAGAUGAUGUGGAACAAGCCGGCCGUAUUCCGGUGGAUCCAUCGCCUGCUCCAGGAGAUGGACACAGACAUCAUGUGCCUCCGUCUCGGAGCCAUUCAUGUCGUCGCCGUGACAUGCCCGCAGAUAGCAUGCGAGGUGCUACGGAAGAAGGACGAGGUGCUGGCCUCCCGUCCGGCAACCUUCGCCUCGGGUUCGUUCAGCUUCGGGUACAAGGGCACCAUCGUGACACCACAUGGAGAGCAGUGGAAGAAGAUGAGGCGCGUCCUCACUUCGGAGAUCCUCACCCCGUCCAUGGAGCAGAAACUCCAUCAUCUCCGGCAGGAGGAGUGUGACCACCUCGUGACGUACAUCAACAACACCUGCAUGGCAUGUCCGAACAACCUCGUCGACGUGCGACAUGUCGCCCAGCAUUUCUGUGGUAACAUGAUAAGAAGGCUCGUGUUGGGUAAGAGAUACUUUGGCAGCGAGCUGCCGGGUUCGUCGGCUAGCGGACCCGGACAUGAUGAGAUGGCACAUGUUGCCGCUCUCUUCACGCUCCUCAACUACCUCUAUAACUUCUGCGUGUCCGACUACUUCCCAGCCCUCGUUUCCAAGGAUGUUAUGGGAAUACUCAACCGGUUGCAUGACCCCAUCAUUGAGAAGAGGAUCAUCGAAAGGUCGAAUCUUCGGAAUGGUGGUGGAAGCAAAGAGGCCAGAGACUUUCUGGACGUCCUGGUUUAUCUAGAUGAUGCAGAUGGCCAACCAUUGUUGUCCGUGGAUGAUAUCCGGGCACAGAUAGUGGAAAUGAUGUAUGCAACAAUUGAUAACCCAUCGAAUGCUGUUGAGUGGGCGCUCGCUGAGAUGGUGAACAAGCCAGAGGUGAUGAAAAAAGCAACUGAUGAAAUCGACGCCGUCGUCGGUAAAGAUAAACUAGUCCAGGAGUCUGACAUUCCACGACUAAACUAUCUCAAGUCAUGCAUCCGAGAGGCUUUCCGCAUACACCCAUACCAUGCUUUUAACCCACCCCAUGUCGCCAUGGUAGACACCACUAUCGCUGGCUACACCAUCCCUAAGGAUAGCCAUGUCAUUUUAAGCCGGAUGGGACUUGGUCGGAACCCCAAGAUCUGGAACGAACCACUUGAUUUUCAGCCCGAGAGGCAUUUGAAUACCGCAAAUGUGCUCCUCAGUGAACCAGGACUACGUUUUAUUUCAUUUAGUAGUGGGAGGAGGGGCUGUCCCGGAAUUUCACUUGGUACCUCAGUCACGGUGAUGUUGUUUGCGAGGAUGUUGCAGGGAUUCACCUGGACGAAGCCCCCUGGAGUUGACAGAAUCAGUCUCCAAGAAAGCAAUACCGGCGCCCUUGCCUUAGCUGAACCCCUGGUUCUGCAAGCUAAACCACGGCUGGCCGCACAUCUCUAUGAGAAAAUUUAAUAGGGUUAAUGCAUGUUUUAACCGAUUAUCAGGAACAUAUAUCCUAAUAAGAAUUUUGUAGAUCCCAUGUCCUCAGUGGUCGUGCAUUCCUCGGUUCUUCAAAAACAAAAGGGAACAACGUGUGUCUGUACAAAUAAAGCAAUGACAAUGCUAAUGUAAUGUGUGUUGUUGGGUUGUGUGCACUGUCUGUGUGGGCAAAAGCCGCAAAAUUUGUUAUUUUAUUGUAUUGUCGAACAAAAUCUAUUGUAUGUACUUAGCAUUAUGAUACUCUGCAAACAGUUCAUGGAAUUAUAAAAUUAUAUGUUGCCUACCACCUUCGCAUCAUAAAUGUACAAAGCUAAUGUUUAUUACAAUGUGACAAAGCUAUAAUUAUUCACCUCUAGGAGAAAAUAAGAUGAAGACUGGUGAAGAAAUACGUAUGGACGGAAGAUAAAUAGUUUUGUAUUAUUAAAUGGUAUAAUAUGAAUACAAAAUUAUAUUUCCACAUUUUCUAAUGUCGGGGAAAGCAAAG